AUGGCUUAUACACAGUGCUCCCCCAGUGCUCCCCCAGUCCUCCCCCAGUGCUCCCCCAGUGCUCCCCCAGUGCUCCCCCAGUGCUCCCCCAGUGCUCCCCCAGUGCUCCCCCAGUCCUCCCCCAGUGCUCCCCCAGUGCUCCCCCAGUGCUCCCCCAGUGCUCCCCCAGUCCUCCCCCAGUGCUCCCCCAGUGCUCCCCCAGUGCUCCCCCAGUGCUCCCCCAGUCCUCCCCCAGUCCUCCCCCAGUGCUCCCCCAGUCCUCCCCCAGUCCUCCCCAGUCCUCCCCCAGUGCUCCCCCAGUGCUCCCCCAGUGCUCCCCCAGUCCUCCCCCAGUCCUCCCCCAGUGCUCCCCCAGUCCUCCCCCAGUGCUCCCCCAGUGCUCCCCCAGUGCUCCCCCAGUCCUCCCCCAGUCCUCCCCAGUGCUCCCCCAGUGCUCCCCCAGUCCUCCCCCAGUGCUCCCCCAGUCCUCCCCCAGUGCUCCCCCAGUCCUCCCCCAGUGCUCUCACCCCCAGUGCUCCCCCAGUCCUCCCCCAGUCCUCCCCCAGUGCUCCCCCAGUCCUCCCCCAGUCCUCCCCCAGUGCUCCCCCAGUCCUCCCCCAGUGUCUCCCCCAGUGCUCCCCCAGUCCUCCCCCAGUGCUCCCCCAGUGCUCCCCAGCUCCCCCAGUCCUCCCCAGUCUCCCCCAGUCCUCCCCCAGUGCUCCCCCAGUGCUCCCCCAGUCCUCCCCCAGUGCUCCCCCAGUGCUCCCCCAGUGCUCCCCCAGUCCUCCCCCAGUGCUCCCCCAGUCCUCCCCCAGUGCUCCCCCAGUGCUCCCCCAGUCCUCCCCCAGUGCUCCCCCAGUGCUCCCCCAGUCCUCCCCCAGUGCUCCCCCAGUGCUCCCCCAGUGCUCCCCCAGUCCUCCCCCAGUGCUCCCCCAGUCCUCCCCCAGUCCUCCCCCAGUGCUCCCCCAGUGCUCCCCCAGUGCUCCCCCAGUCUACCCCCAGAGCUCCCCCAGUCCUCCUCCUCUACUCCCCCAGUCCCCCUCCUGUCCUCCCCCAGAGCUCCCCCAGUCCUCCUCCUGUCCUCCCCCAGAGCUCCCCCAGUCCUCCUCCUGUCCUCCCCCAGAGCACCCCCAGCCCUCCUCCACUCCUGGUUCUGAUAGCCCCCCCCCCCCCCCCCCCCCCCGUGCCUCCUGGGUAAUGGAGGCCCUCAGGGCCUCAGCACAGAGACAGGCCUGUCUCUGUGCUGAGGCCUGUCUCUGUGCCGAGGCCUGUCUCUGUGCCGAGGCCUGUCUCUGUGCUGAGGCCUGUGCCGAGGCCUGUCUCUGUGCCGAGGCCUGUCUCUGUGCCGAGGCCUGUCUCUGUGCCGAGGCCUGUCUCUGUGCUGAGGCCUGUGCCGAGGCCUGUCUCUGUGCCGAGGCCUGUCUCUGUGCUGAGGCCUGUGCCGAGGCCUGUCUCUGUGCUGAGGCCUGUCUCUGUGCCGAGGCCUGUCUCUGUGCUGAGGCCUGUGCCGAGGCCUGUCUCUGUGCUGAGGCCUGUGCCGAAGCUAGUCCGGUGUCGAGGUCAGUCCCUGUGCUGAGAUCAGUCCCUGUGCUCGUGUCUGCACAUGGUGUCAGCUGCAGAGAUGCAGACACUGAGCUGUUCUUCCCAUGCACUGUCCAUCUGGAUCCACCACUUACCCUGCUGCCUCCCCUCCCCCCUGCUGCCCCGUUCUGCCCGGCCUGCCCCCCCUUUACACCCCCUGCCCCUCCCCCACCUCUUGUCUCCAGCUUUAAUGUUGCUCUCUUCAUCUGUGGUUUUCAGUUUGAGCUCAGGUACGGUUUGAGCACAGGUACAGUGUUAGCUCAGGUACAGAGUGACCUCAGGUACAGAGUGAGCUCAGUGCACUCAGCUGAUGAGGGGGGGGGGUCCCGGAUCACAGCUGAGUGGUGUGGGGGGAGGAGGGGGGAGGAGUGGGGGGGAGGAGGAGGGAGGAGUGGGGGGGGGGUUUCCCCAUUUGUCGCUCGGAGCCACAGCUGCUGGAUCCUUGAGAAGCCAAACAUCACAAUUCUUCGGAAGCUUUGA